AUGAGUCUGAGAUAAAGUGUACAGGUGAUCGCAGUUCUGUGACGUGUGCUGCUGUGUCUGCGUGUUUGCCUUCCUCCCUGCGUAGAUAAAAGCCCUACCUUUGUCCCUUAUUGAAAGACCAGUUCCCAGGUGUGCGGCGCAGAGCGCUAACAGGCUGAUUUACACACAUCCACAGCAGAUAUGGGUGUGGCUUUGCAGAAUGCACCCCAUGACUCAUAAAGACUUCCCCAAAGAGCCGUGGCCAUUUUACCCAGCUUCACUGGCAUUUCCAGAGCUCCGCCAACCGCAGACAAGCCGAAGGUCUGGAAUAGUUCUUCGUCCAUCCUCUUCCUCAACUCACCACGCGUUCUGGGCCCAGUCUGGCGAAGAUGGCACACAACUGUUCAAACUCACUGUCUUGAAGGAUUUAUUUUUGGAUUUUUUUUUUGCCCGCGCUUUUCAGUGAGACCUGGAACGCAGAGGGAUUGGACACAGGGGUCCCUGUGUGGGCGAACAGAAACUGAAAAUAGUGAAACAGAGACAAGUGUCCUGACAUGAAACGCUAAUCCCCCAGCGGGACAGCAUCAGCAUGGCCACUGCAGUCGGGCAGGGGGAGAUCGUCUUCGAGUUUGCCAGCACGUGCAUGGACAGCGAGCAACAGCUGGAUGACUCCCUGGCCUUCCCUGCCGUGAUUGUGGAGCAGGUGCCGGGGGCCCAUGUUCUGGACUAUUCUGGUCUUUCAUGUGAGCGGACAGCCGCAGAGGUUCUCCACCCUGCCUCCAUGGAGAUGGCAAGGGAGCUGGUGGUGGGAGAGGAUGUCAGCAUCACAGUGGAGGCUUCGUAUAAGGAUGACAACGAGGACGCCAUAGAAGUUGCGGAGGCGCUGUUGCACAUGGACUCGCCUGACCAUUCUGAUGAAAGACGCCUUCUAUUGGUCUGUUCACCUGCAGCUGAUGUGUUUGUGCGGACUGCGAGCUCCCCGGUCACCUCCAUGUCACACUCUGCAAGUGAAUUUCUCCACGACCAUAUCCAGACCGAUUCUGGGGCUGAGGGAGUGACCCACAUAUCAAAGAAGAAAGUCGCAGUGAGGAAGCGGCCUGAAUCCCAGUCCCCAGCUCCUGACUUCAUUAUGAAAAAGAGAAACAGGCUGGGAAAAGGACACCAGAUGUACCUAUGGGAGUUCCUGAUGGCUCUGUUGCAGGACAAGGCCACCUGUCCGAAGUACAUCAAAUGGACCCAUCAGGAGAAGGGCAUCUUCAAGCUGGUGGACUCCAAGGCCGUGUCACGCCUGUGGGGCAAACACAAAAACAAGCCAGACAUGAACUAUGAGACCAUGGGCCGAGCACUGAGGUACUACUACCAGCGUGGGAUCCUGGCCAAAGUAGAAGGCCAGAGGUUGGUGUACCAGUUCACAGAGAUGGCCAAAAGUCUGGUGGGGAUCGACACAGACGAUCUGUUGGUUGAACAUGAUCACUUGUUUGAGGAGAAAACAUUGUCAGAGAACCCCUCCCCGCCCCACCCUGCCCCGAAACCUUCGAAUCGAGGAGGAGGGAAGCAGAGGGCCAAACGAACUGAAGGAAACCCUGGCUCAACUGUGGCUCAGCCCGGCACAGUCCUCCGGCCACCGGAGGGCGACGGUGGCAGCACCACCAGAGCAGUGAGACCCCUGGGCCUGAUCCAGCAGCAGCACCUGCCCAUCGUCUCGGCUGAGAUGCUGCGGACGCUGCAGAACAUCCAGUCGCUGCAGCCGGGUCAGACCGGAUCCGUGUUCAGAACUGUGCAGCUGCUGGAGAACCUGCAGAGUGUGCAGGAGAGAGAGGCAACAGGGGCCAGCCAGCAGGGGGUGCCAGUUGACCCUUUUAGAGUUUCAGCUGCAGAACCCACCACCCUGACUCUGGCUGAAGACCAGUCCAUACAGUCCCUCAUGCUCCAGGCCGUUCCUCUGACCACCACCGUAGACGGCCAGAAUGUUUCCAUGACUACAGUCCAUCCCAAGUACUUCCUACAAACGAUUCCGUCCUCCCAGACGGUUACCUUAUUGAUGGAGACUGUCCCCUGCAAUGAGGUUGCAGGCCAACAAGUGGUGUGCACGGACACGCAGCUCCUGUCUACGCUCCCUUCCCCAUUGGUGGGUGGGGCUACCUCCGUGGUGACGCUUCCAGGGGGCGGGCAGCAGCUGGUGACCCAGCCCCCUGGUACAGUUAUAGCGUCGGUCGUCACAGCGCCAGAGAGCAAGCAGGUGGUGAUGGAGGACGUGGAGGAAAUGGAUCUGGAGAGCCAUCCGGAUAUGAAGCUGGAACACUUCAGCGUGGUCGUCCUCAAUGACUCCUGGGUGGGCUUCGACCCCAACCACAAGGAGCUUGAGUCCUGAGCCCAACCGGGGACAUGGGUUUGCAACCAACUCUCCCCUUCCCCCCUGCACUGCCCUUUCCAGUUCUACCCAAUGGGUGCUCAUCUCUGAUCCUGGCAGAGAUUUGCUACAUGGCUGAUUCUGUGUUGUUGCAGUUUGUACCACCCUCACGCUAAAGAUGGCUCAGCUUAUGCAGUGAACAGUCAUUUAAAUAAUCUCAUCCUCUGGCCCUCCAACAGCCAAAUCGCUGAGCUAGUCUCUCGCGGGGGUGUUGUCUGCAGCCUUAUGACUGUAUAUUGGCAAAUCUCAUUCAAAAUCACAUUGCGUGCACACACUCACACACAGCACCGCACACACAAAUGCUUUCUUGUCAAUUUUAUGGCUAUUCAAGACAAAAUUUUUCUUGAAUCAACACAUACCCAACUGUAUGGGGGAACCAUUUCCCUGUGGUCAAAUAAUGGAACAGCAGGUCAUGAGCAACAUGUCAGGAUGUGAAUCUCUGGUUCCAUCAAGCUAUUGAGGAUUUUUUACAGAUGGCCACAUUUUACGUAUGGUUCAUUUCCUUAUGUGUUAGAGGAUAACUGCAUAUUACCAAACAUUACAAACACACUGUGACAAUAUGUGUAAUACCCGUAAAAAUACAUAUUUUUGAUAAUAAUUUGUAUGGAUUAUGUUCCAGUCCACUCAAGAGCAGUGGAAAUGGAAGAAAUGUCCUGUGGUAUGUUGCCUGAUGCACAGUUUGCUCUCUACCCUCUAUCUUGUGUACAGUUUUCAGUUUCUUGUGGCUGACUUAAGAUCAAAGCAUUUGUGUUACCAUUUGUUUGCUUGACAAUCUGAUUAAAUAAAAGCACAUGAUGUUUUUCUACCAAAA